GACCUGUACGCUAUCCUGAAUCUCCCUCGGACAGCAACUCCGGGACAAAUCACCUCCAGCUACCGCACCCUCUCCCGCACCUACCACCCCGACAAACACCCCCAACCCCACCUAAAAUCCCUCGCAGAAUCACGCUUCCGUGCAAUUCAGUCCGCGUACGAAGUCCUCUCCAACCCACACACCCGCGCAAUCUACGACAAUUUCGGUCAUGAGGGCUUGCAGCAACGCGCGAACCUCGAGGUGGGGCAUAAGACGAAGACACCGGAGGAGAUGCGGCGCGAGUUUGAGAAGUUGGUGAGGAAGACGAGGGAGGAGAAUGUGGAAGCGUUGGUGCGGAGUCGUGGGGAUAUUAAUACGACGGUGGAUGCGAGGAUGAUGUUCCUCGACCUACGGGCUGUGGAUAAGACGGGACCGACGGUGAUGGGGUUACCGCGGUAUCGAAAACUUACGUUCGCUGAACGACUGAGUCUGUGCAGUGUCGCGAAUGUGUUUAUGCGGCAUCAGUUCCACAUCCCAUUCUCCCUCCCCUUCAUCGACGCCAAAUCGGAAUCGGAGCAAGAGGGACCAGCAAGAACGAUUCUGAAUAUCACGGCCCAAAUGCAAGGCAAGACGACUGGAAACGUCAUCCUCUCCACCCGCCACACUCACUCCGAGAAACUCUCCCUCGAAGCCGGUGUCCUCCUCCUCUCCCCUCGCGCAUUCUUCACGAAAACCGUAUACGCCAUCGACAACGACUCUUUCGCCUCCAUCCAGACCCACAACAACGGACUUAACCCACUCCGUCAUCCGCCACAGUUGACAGUGACGUAUGGACAUGCACUCACCAACAAGGCGACCGGGUUUGCGACGUGGAAGAGUGGGUAUUACACGCUCGGGCCGUGGGGGUUCCCGUUGCCGCGGAAGGUUGAGCAGAGUAGUUUUACGUUGGGGGUGCAGGGACGCGAGCUCGGGCAGAACUGGACGGCGGAGAUCACGGCGGGACUCGCGGCUUCCGGUGUCGGGUUUGAGUUGAAUAAGAGUAUUGGGUCGAAAAAGGGCGGGAAAGCGAUUCGUGUGAAGACGGGUGUCACGAUUGGUACGAUGGGAUCUCAAGUUACCUUGGGUGCAACGAGGAAGGUUGCGGAGAAUACUCGCGUGGGUCUGACUCUUGCAGUCACUGUACCGACGAUGGGAGCCCAAGUCCGUGUCGAUUUCUCCCGAUUGGGACAGAAAUGGUCGAUUCCCGUCAUCAUCUCCGACACGCUGAACACAAGCGCGAUGUUCUGGGGAGCGGUGGCUCCUGUUUCUACCCUCGUCGCUCUCGAAAUCGGAUAUUUGAAGCCUAAGAGACGGGAACAACGGAGACGUGAACGUCAGGCGGCGAGAGAGGAGAGGAGGGCGGCGUUGGAAGAGAAAGAGCGGAGAGCGAGGGAGGAACAGGAAUUGAUGCGUGCGAGUGUGGACAGAAAACAGCAAUCUGAGGCGAGCAAGCCCACUGGGGGACUCGUCAUUCUUUCCGCCGCAUAUGGUACGCCCGCAUCUCCCACCACUGUCGCUAACUUCAUCGACGUCACCAUCCCCAUCGCUGCACUCGUUACCGAAUCCCAACUCCGUAUUCCGGCGGGGUACGCUAAGACGCGGAUUCCUGGAAUCUGGGAUCCGGCGUGGGGAGAGAAGAAGGUGUUGAGGAUUCGGUAUGUUAUGGGGGGACGGGACCAUGAGGUUGAGGUUGGGGAUAAGGAGGGGGUGGAGUGUCCCAGAAGA